UAAGCAGAGGAAAACAAAUCGAGUUAGACGCAGCAAGCUGGUUGCGCCGUCCCCGGAAACGCCAUGAGGCCCAUGAACAGCAAGGAAACACCUGUAGAAGGAGAAGUAGAAGUAGAAGAAGUAGAAGUAGAAGAGGUGAGGGUGAAAUUAGGGUGUUAUACUGGAUUUGUGAAGUUGGUUGAAGACCCAUCUGAAGAAAUCAUGCUUUUAUGGGGUCUUCAACAACCCAUCUUUUCCAAACCAAACGCUUUUGUUAAACAGUCUUCUCUCUCUCUUCAUCUCGACGCUUUUGGCCAUUCUAUUUCCGUUCUCCAAUCUCCUUCUUCUCUGAUGACACCUGGAGUGACUGGAUCAGUUAUGUGGGACAGUGGUAUUGUUUUAGGGAAAUUUUUGGAGCAUGCAGUGGACUCAGAGCGGCUUCUUCUUCAGGGAAAAAAAAUUGUUGAGCUGGGCUCUGGCUGUGGAUUAGUCGGCUGCAUUGCAGCUCUUUCUGGUGCUCAGGUCACGUUAACAGAUCUUCCCGAUAGGCUGAGGCUUCUGAAAAAGAAUGUUGACACCAAUUUAGAUUCUAUUGAUAUAUUGGGUUCGGGAAUGGUCAGUGAACUCAUAUGGGGAGAAGAUCCCGACCCUGACAUACUUGAUCCAUUGCCAGAUUAUGUGCUAGGUUCAGAUGUCAUCUACAGUGAAGGAGCUGUUGGGGAUUUGUUAUCUACACUACAACAGCUUUGUGGUAGGCACACAACAGCUAUUUUAUCCGGGGAACUCCGCAAUGAUGCAGUCCUUGAAUAUUUCCUGGAGUCUGCCAUAAAAGAUUUUUCAAUUGGUCAAGUUGAUCAAAUGGAGUUUCAUCCCGAGUACCGCAGUCAUCGAGUUGUAAUCUACAUUUUGGUGAAGAGGAGUAAUGAAGAAUGUACUAAUGACAAUUGACAAUUGAUAGUUUAUGUUGGUGUCCCAAUGGCUUAACAGGUUUCUAGUGACAUCUAAUUGUAAGUUGUAAACUUAUAACCACUUCACAUUUCAUAACUUAUCUGUUAUCAUCACUUGAAAUUUGUUGACAUCA